CAAUUUCCCAUUGCCGAUCAACAAAAACAGCAAGCAACGAACGCGCGGUUCGUCUCGAUCCCGUCCUCUCCCAUGGCUGUUACAGGGACGUCGUUAGAUUUCAAUUUCGAUUUCAAGCUUUUCACGUACUCAUUGAAACGAUCCAAUCUCAGGACUCUCUGAUUUCGUGAGAUAGUUGUGUAAACUAAGGGUGGGGAAUUGUAAUUUUGCUAAGCGAUUUUGGAUUCAAGGUAAAACAAUUCGACAGCUGAGGAUUAAGCAUUUAUGUGCUGCAACUCUUCAAGCUUGUCAUGUACCACUGUGUGUAUAUUGUUUAUAAUUAAAACAGUGGACUUACGAAAGCUAAGGGAAUGUCAGCACCUGGGAAGUUUGAUUAUUCUUCUGGUGGGCCAGAUAGGACUUUAUACAGGUCCAGUUUAGCUUCACAAAUGGAAAGAUCUAGUAGCUUUCGCGAGACGAUGGAACAUCCUGUCUCAUCUUCUCACCCGAGCAUGUUGAGGAGCACUUCACCAAUAGCACAAACCGAUGUAACAAAUUUUUUUCAGUGUUUGCGUUUUGAUCCUAAGGUGGUUGCCGCAGAUCACAAGUCUAUUCGUCAAGGUGACUUUAAGCGUCAUGUGAAUAUUGCUCUUGGGAUUCAAGGAGAUGAGUCUCCAAGCACAAUGCUGAAAGGGAAGUUAAUUCCAUCUCCUAUACCAGAAGAGAUAAAGAGACUAAAGGCUGGUCUGCGCGAAAACAACGUGAAGGCGAGGGAGCGUGUGAAAAUUUUCAAUGAAGCUUCUUCUGUAUUUAACAAGUUUUUUCCGAGUGUACCUACAAAGAAAAGGUCUCGACCAGAAGGUUUUUCUAAUGACCGCUCUGGUGAUCGCUUGGCUUUAGGGCCAGGUAUGGGCAAAAUGGGAAUUCAAGGUCAGACUCUGCCUGGUUGUUUUGAGCUUGACCAGCAGAAGCUGGAAGAACGACCUAAAAGUGGUGCAUUGAAUAAGCGGACACGUACUUCCAUGAUGGAUGUUCGAAGUAACGCUAUUGUUCGACAAUCAGCUGCUGUAGACAGGGAGAAAGACGCAAUGAGGCUGGCAAAUCACAAUGCAGUUCAGGGUGAAGAUCGAUCUUCAAUUGGUAUUGAUGGUUGGGAAAAGACGAAAAUGAAGAAAAAACGAUCUGGCAUCAAAACAGAUGGUCCUUCUAGUUUGGCUUCAAAUAAAGCUGUUGAUGGUUACAGGGACUUGAAACAGGGCAUACCAAAAUCAGCUGGUGAUGCCCGAUCGAGAUUGAAUGGUGACUCAAACAUGUUAAGGCAUGGGGCAGUGAAUGGUGCUGUUCCAUAUGGGAGAUCUGAUAACCUCUCUCAGCAGACAGGCUUGGCAGCGCGUUCCUUGCUCUCCAGGGAUUCCGAUCACAAUUCAUUGUAUAAUGAGAAGAGAGAACGAGCUGCUGGUUUAGAUAAGGAAAGGGUGAAUCUCAGGGCAGUCAACAAGUCCAAUAUUCAUGAUGAAUCCAAUUCUUCAAGUCCGACUUCAAACCCAAAAAUAAGUGCUUCAGUUCGUGGUCCAAGAUCGGGAUCAGGGCUGCCGCCGAAACUUUCUUCUCCACAAAUGAAACUAAAAGGUGAAAAUAGCUUGUCUACAACAGCUUUAUCAGGAAGUGAAGAAUUUAGCCCCCCUGAGAUCAAAUCUAAAGACAAGGGAAAACAAUCUGAUGAGGUCAAUGGGAAAACUUCUCAGAAUGUUCCUAAAGUCUCCAUCCCUGGUUUACAAUCGAGAAAAAACAAGCUUGUCUCUGGAGAAGAGCUUGGGGAUGGUGUGAGGAGACAAGGAAGGACAGGCCGUGGCUUUGCUUCAACAAGGUCUGUCAACCCAAUGGGAGUGAUGAAACAUGGAACAGCAAAACAACUUCGCAGCUCAAGAAAUAGUUCUGACAAGAAUGAAAGCAGGGCAGGUCGUCCACCCACUAGGAAACUCUCUGACCGCAAGGCAUACAAACGUCAGAAAAAUACAGCGACAAAUGCUACAACACUAGAUUUUCUUGAUGAUGGGCAUGAAGAGCUACUAGCUGCUGUUAACUCGGCUAUAAACUUUGCUCAGAAUUUUCCAAGCUCGUUCUGGAAGCAAAUGGAGCGCUACUUUUGCUUUAUAUCUGAUGCACAUAUCAAUUUCGUGAAACAGCAGGGCGAACUCUCCCCCAUGGGUACCACACCUGGUGGGACAUCUUCAGAGUUUGAUAAUCGUGAAAUAUUUCCAGAGGAACUUGCAUCUAGCAACGUGGAUUCUAAAGCAGCCCCCCUUUAUCAUAGAUUGCUAUCAGCUCUAAUUUCAGAGGACUCAACCAGUGUGAAUGAAGAUUUACAAUUUGAUGGAUUUGGAGCCGAUGUUGAGUCAGAAUUCAGUGUUUUGAAUCAUAUGGUGGAGUUCAAUGGUUAUAGGAGUGAUAGACUGGAAUUUGACGAGCUAGAAGAUGAUGUGUCUGUUAUCCCGCUCAAGGGUGUUAAUAGCUCAAGCAACCAUGUGAAUGGAAGAUUUUCAGAUCAUUUUUCCAUGGACUUCUCAGACAUUCAAUAUGAAAAUUUGGGGAUAGAUGAGAAAAUUUAUAUGGAAGCUCAAUCUAUUGGAAUUUGCUUGGAUCCUAUGCCUAGUAUUUCAAACGUGGAGGAUGAAGGAAUUGUUGAUGACAUCAAAACGUUAGAAGUGGCUAUCUGUGAGGUGGGUUCUAAGAGGAAAGAGAUGUUGAAUCGGCUACUAAAGCCUGCCCUAGAAAUGAAAGAACUUCAGGAGAAGGAGUUUGAGUGGCUCGGUUAUGAAAAACUCAUUGAAAUGGCAUAUGAAAAGAGCAAGGCUAGUCGGCGUCAUCACUCCGCAAGUGUAAAGAGUUCGGCUAACAAGAUAUCAAAGCAGGCCGCAUUUGCUUUUGUGAAAAGGACGCUUGAAAGAUGUCGUCAAUUCGAAGAGACAGGCAAAAGUUGCUUUAGUGAGUCCACAUUUAAGAAUAUCAUCAUUGCCGGGUUGACACAAAUUGAAGAUAAUUCCACGGACAAGGAAGAUAUUCUAUCAGCUACGACACCCAUGGGAUCGCAACCAAGCUCAUCACUGGUAUUGCCAAUGACGCAGAGCACGGAGAAUCAUGCCAAUUCUUCUGAAAAUGCCUUAUGGGAAGGCAAAGAUGAAACUAUGUGGUCAAAUAGAAUGAAGAAGAGGGAAUUGCUGCUUGAUGAUGUGGGUGGGGCACCACUUUCAAGCAGUACGAAAGGAAAGAGAAGUGAGAGGGACAGAGAUGGAAAAGGACAGGCUUCUUCGUCAAGAGGCGGGGGAACUAACAAGAUCGGUCGGCCUGCACUUGUAAAUGCCAAGGGUGAACGGAAAUCAAAAACAAAACCGAGGCAGAAAACAACAGCGAUAUUUUCUUCUUCUGUCAGUAUCGUGGAGCAAACCAGAACAUCAUUGCCCAAACCAACUAACAGCAACAACAGCGGGUAUAGUAACUUGGAGACACUGGAUGAGUCAGAGCCUCUUGACCUAUCUCACCUGCAGAUACCAGACGGUUUAGGUGGUCCAGAUGAUUUUGAUACACAAGCUGGAGAUCUAAGCUCAUGGUUGAACAUCGAUGACGAUGCAUUACCAGAUACUGAUGAUCUCCUUGGACUUCAAAUACCCAUGGAUGAUCUUUCAGACUUAAACAUGAUGGUAUAAGCUCCCUCUCUUUUAUUUCUGUAUAGUCUCGUUUGUUAUACCAUUAGCGAUGAAGAAAGAUAAAAAGGCAAAAGGGUAAAAAAGUUUUUGGUCCCCUGAAAGAAUAACCCAAGUCACCAGAAUCGGUUAUUCGGGUUGGCUACAUAGCAAACUAGGCAAUAUAGAUUCUGAUUCUUUUUCUUCUUCUUCAUCAUCAUCAUCUUUAGGGUUCUUUCUUUGUCUUUUCUUAUAGUUCGAACUAAGCGGGGUGGUUAAACUGUUUUUGUUUAUUGGUAACUGGGUGUUGGAUUUUGGCUCCGGCUGUUAAGAUAGGUCCGGUAGUUUGAGGAAAACGAGUGAUAGUAAUGUUGUGUAGUGAUAUAUAGUUAAGUUGGCAGGUCUUCUUUCUCUUCUUCGUCUAUUUUAAUCCUUUGGCAUUUUGUAGCUUUUUUAUAACCUCAGAACCGUUAUUAUUGCCUCUGUACAUACACAUUUUAUGUUCCUUAAUAAAAAUUUCAGCUUUUAGUGCAA